AAAAUGACCCUCAACAACGUUACCAUGCGUCGCACCCACAACAACAGCCUGCAGCAGCAGCAGCAGCGAUGGAGCAUCCCUGCUGAUGGAAAGAAUCUUCUGGUCCAGAAAGACUCCAAUGAGUACAACCCGCAGAAGCGAUACACCAUCAGUCCCGAUGAAUACUACAGAAGGAGCUGGUCCUCGGAGUCGUCUGACUCUGUCAUCUCCUCUGAGUCUGGCAGCAAUUGCUACCGGGUGGUCCUGAUCGGGGAGCAGAGUGUAGGCAAGUCCUCGCUAGCCAACAUCUUUGCGGGAGUGCACGACAGCAUCGACAGCGACUGUGAGGUGCUGGGAGAAGACACGUAUGAAAGAACCCUGAUGGUGGAUGGGGAAAGUGCAACUAUUAUACUGCUCGACAUGUGGGAUAAUAAGCGUGAGGGAGAAUGGAUUCGAGACCACUGCAUGCAAGUGGGAGAUGCAUACUUGAUUGUCUACUCUAUCACAGACCGGGCGAGCUUUGAGAAGGCCUCUGAACUCAGAAUAGAGCUCCGCAGGGCACGCCAGAAAGAAGACAUCCCCAUUAUUUUGGUUGGCAACAAAAGUGACCUUGUCAGGUGCCGUGAAGUUUCAGUGGCAGAGGGACGAGCCUGUGCUGUCGUAUUUGACUGCAAGUUCAUCGAGACCUCAGCAGCCGUGCAGCACAACGUGAAAGAGCUGUUUGAAGGCAUCGUACGGCAAGUCCGGCUCCGCAGGGACAGCAAGGAAAAGAAUGAGAAGCGACUGGCGUACCAGAAACGGAGAGAGAGCAUCCCCAAGAAAGCCAGGCGGUUUUGGGGCAAAAUAGUUGCCAAGAACAACAAGAAUAUGGCCUUCAAACUCAAGUCAAAGUCUUGCCAUGACCUAUCGGUACUUUAAGAACGCUGGACUCUGCCAGAGCUUGUGGCAUUUUGUGGACAUUAUCUAACUAUGUCAUGGGACAAUCAAUCAAUCUAUAUUAGAUUGGGCUAUCAAAGUGACUUAGGUUCACAGUUGUGAUUGUAAUGAUACGUGCUGGCAUAAGAACAGCACAGUGCAUGGAAAUAUCUCUCUUUCUUUUUUUGUUGGUAGUUUUAAAAGAAAAGUAUAGACCAGAAUGACCCAAAGUUAUGCUGGGAAGUGUUCUGGAGUAUACCUGUUGUUUCUCCUCUCACCUUUGGAUAGUAGUGUAACCUCAAACCAUCAUGACUGGG